UUACAAGGUUGUUUAUAUUCUAAAAAAUCUUUUGCCUUAAAAAAGGCAUAUUAUUAACUUUUGAAACCUCUUUUCGUUGUCAUCGCGUUAUCGAUCGGUUUGUCUAUCGCGAAGUUUGUAUCGAUGAGUUUGUUUAUCAUCAAUCAUUGUUAUAAAGAUGAUUGCGUUUGACAGUUUGUAUUUUGACAGCUUUAUUUUAAUAGCUAUUUGACAAGUUUAAAGUGUUUAAACAAAUACAAUUAAACGGAUACAAAAGGAAAGAACAGAAAAAAGGCGCGUGUGUAUGUCUAGUAUUCUAAAAAAUUACAUAAAUGUAUAAUAUAAUCAGUAAAUAUCAAGAAUAAACAUCUUGAUUAUUUAAGUGGAAAAUAUUCUACAUUUAUAAGGAAAGAGUAAUUCUAAUAUAUGAUUUCGUCAUGUGCCAGAAUUUCUCCAAAACUUUUUGUUUUCCCGUCGGACUUUUUCGAUCGGGCAUUCAUAAUGAUUCUGCGCCAGGAUAUGUUAAUUUUCGCAUAUUGAACUUGCGGAAAACAAAGGAGUACGAAGAGGGGUAUUUAAAAGCCAAUCGAGCGCUGGUCCAUGAUCAGUCUUGCUUAAACAACGGAUGAGAAAAUUUCUCCAAGUUUAAGAUUAAAAUUGCAACGCGAUGGUUGUCACUGCAAUAUUAUUGCUGGUGUUCAUACUAUUGUUGCCAUAUCUGGACUGCCGGAAACCAAAAGGAUUCCCACCUGGUCCGAGAUGGUGGCCUAUUUUAGGUUGUGCGCUGGAAAUGACGCGCAUUCGCCGAGAAGUCAAAUAUAUGUACAAAAUCUGCUUGAAUCUCCGCGAUAGGUACGGUCCUAUUGUGGGUUUGAAAAUUGGUAAGACUCGCGUCAUCGUUGCGAACGAUCUACAGAGCAUGCAGGCGAUAUUAGUUAACGAGGAUUGCGACGGCAGACCGGCAGGAAUUUUACAAAAACUCAGAACUUCUGGUGUCAGGCGAGGAAUCAUUAUGACGGAUAAGCAGCCGUGGGCUGAGCAACGACGAUUCGUUACGCGCCACUUGCGGGAAUUCGGCUUCAGUCGCACCGGUAUGGCCGCGCUUGUCGAAGAUGAGGCUCGGGAACUGUUAGAACAUUUAAAGAAGUUGCUACAGGACAUCGGAAAAUCUCCGAAGACAAGCAACAAAGACAACUUAAACAAGUUGGAACUGCACGACAAGUUCAGCGCAGUCGAAGAUGAGACUCUCAAACAUGAACUUCGAACGGCUAUUAAGGCUGAGGAAGUCCAGAGAGUUUCCGAAUCAAGGGAAAUGAUUAUUGAAAUGGUCCACAUUUUCGAUCUGAACGUUCUGAACUCAAUCUGGAGAAUGAUAGUCGGCAAACGAUUUGAGAUUGGCGAUAAAAAGCUCGAGCGUGUACAGCGAAUCCUCACAAAGACCUUAACAGAAAUGGACAUGCUUGGUUCCCUUUUCAGUUAUUUCCCAUUAUUACGCUUUAUUAUACCAGAAACGUCCGGUUACAAAUCAUUUGCCGAAGGACAUAAAGAAUUAUGGGAUUUUGUAGAAGAACAAAUGCAAUAUUAUAAAAAGACAUUAGAUCCAAAUGCGCCAAGAGGCUUGAUGGAUGUCUAUCUAACUGCAUUGAGUUCGGAGAAUCGCAGUGACUCAUUCAACGAAUCCCAGCUGGUAGCUGUCUGCGUAGAUCUCUUCAUGGCAGGUACCGAAACAACUGCGAACUCACUCACCUAUGCAUUUCUCUAUCUGAUAUUGUUUCCACGGGUUCAAAAAAAGGUGCAAGAAGAACUAGAUCGUGUUAUCGGUCGUGAUAGACUUCCUACAAUGGCCGACAAACCAAAACUGAUGUACCUCCAAGUUGUUGUCUUGGAGUGUUUAAGGUUAUUCAUAGCUUACAGUUUUAGUCUUCCACAUAGAACAUUGAAAGACACUACUAUUUUGGGCUAUAAAGUACCAAAGAAUACGAUGCUUAUGGUAAACUUUAACGGAGUGUACGACGAUAAAGCGUACUGUGAUGAUUUUAAAAAUUUUCGACCAGAGAGAUUCUUCGAUAAAGACGGCAAUAUUGUUACGCCAGACAAUUAUUUUCCUUUUGGCCUUGGAAAGCGUCAUUGCAUAGGGGAGAUGUUAGCUAGGAGCAACAUCUUCAUCAUAAUAGCUACUCUGCUGCAAAACUUCAGCUUUUCUGUAGUUCCUGGUGAACCGCAACCAUCUACACAAGAUUUCAUAUUUGGUGCAACGCCCUGUCCCAAACCAUAUAAAGCAUUGAUUUCCCUGAGAGUGUAAUUUGGAUUAAUAAUAUUAACAUAUAUUUAUAUUUAAUAUUACUUAUAUAAUAAUAUAUAUUAUUUCU